GCGCAGUGUGUUGCUUGUUUCUUCAAUCAGCACAAGGGCCGAAGGUCAAGUUGGACAACUGGCUCUGGCGUGAGCAGAGAGCAGCAUUGUAUCAGCGCGCGUCAUCAUGUACAGGGCUGGCGCUGCAAUGAUUGUGCCAAGGCUGUGGAAGGCCGUUCCUUUGGUCCGCAGGAGCAGCAGCGCGGCCUCGUCGGUGCUCAAGCUGUUCCAGAACAAUGCAGACUUCCCGUCCAGGCACAUCGGGCCCAGGGACAGCGAGCAGACCGAGAUGCUCGACUUCAUUGGAUACAGGACCUUGGAGGAAAUGACAGACAAAGCAGUACCUGAGACGAUAAAAUUGAAACGGGAGCUCAACAUUGAGGAGCCAACAGCCGAGCAUGAAUUGAUGAUCAGGAUCAAGAAAAUCGCUGAAAAGAAUAAGAUUUGGCGCUCGUACAUCGGUAUGGGAUACCACAACUGCUGCACUCCUCAUACGAUUAUGAGGAACAUUUUUGAAAACCCUGGCUGGACUACUCAGUACACACCAUACCAACCUGAGGUAGCUCAGGGUCGGCUGGAAGGUCUCCUAAAUUACCAAACGAUGGUUUCCGAUCUGACCGGCAUGGAAGUGGCAAACGCCUCCCUGCUAGACGAAGGAACUGCUGCUGCAGAAGCUCUUAGUCUGUGCUACAGGCAAAACAAGCGGCGCAAGCUUUUCAUCUCGCACAAACUGCAUCCGCAGACGAAGAGUGUGGUGGAAACGCGCGCGUCUUCCCUUGGCCUGCAGGUCGUCCACGGCAACGUGCUCUCGGUCGACUUUUCAAGCAGGGACUACGCCGGAGUACUGCUCCAGUAUCCUGACACAGACGGCAACAUCAUGGACUUUUCAGAGCUGUCCAAAAAUGCCCAUUCGAAUGGUACACUGGUUGUCUGUGCGACCGACCUCCUAGCCCUGACUUUGCUCAGGCCCCCAAGCGAAUUCGACGCUGAUGUCGCUGUCGGAACGAGCCAGAGAUUUGGUGUGCCUCUCGGCUACGGCGGCCCUCAUGCCGGCUUCUUCGCCUGCCGGCAGUCGCUUGUACGCCUCAUGCCUGGCAGAAUGAUUGGUGUCACUAGGGACAUCAACGGUUUGGACGCUUAUCGUCUGGCGCUGCAAACAAGAGAGCAACACAUUCGACGUGACAAGGCAACCAGCAACAUUUGCACCGCCCAAGCGCUGCUCGCCAACAUGUCUGCAAUGUAUGCUGUCUACCACGGGCCCCAAGGACUGAAGGAAAUUGCAACCAAAGUGCAUGAUGCCACUCUCCUUCUGGCUGCUGGUGCCAAAAGCGUUGGGCACGUUGUUAUGAAUCCAUUGUUCUUCGACACCAUCAGACUUUCGCCUAACUGCGAUGUUUCAAUAAUUCAAGAAAGAGCUCGCCAGAGAGAAAUCAACCUGAGAUACUAUGAAGAUGGAACAGUAGGAAUUUCCCUUGAUGAAACUGUGAGGAUAGCAGAUAUUGAAGAUUUACUUUCCACUCUUGGAUACCAUGGCAGUGCUUCUGAACUUGUUGAAGAGAGUGCACAAGAAAUUCAGAGCAUGAGUCUACUGAAUUCUCAAUUCAAAAGAACAUCUCCGUAUCUCACUCAUCCUGUGUUCAAUUCGUACCACUCUGAAAGCAGAAUUGUCCGCUACAUGAAAAUGCUUGAAAACAAAGACAUCUCUUUGGUCCAUUCAAUGAUUCCUUUGGGGUCGUGCACCAUGAAGCUGAACAGCACAACAGAAAUGAUGCCAUGCACAUUGAAACAUUUCACAGACAUCCACCCUUUUGUACCACUGGACCAAGCUCGAGGAUACGCUCAGCUUUUUGAAGAGCUCGAAAAAGAUCUUUGUGAGAUCACUGGCUACGACAAAAUCUCUUUCCAACCCAACAGUGGUGCCCAGGGAGAAUAUGCUGGUUUGAGGGCCAUAAAAUCAUACUUGGAAGCAAAAGACGAAGGGCACAGAAACAUUUGUUUGAUUCCUGUUUCGGCGCACGGCACAAAUCCAGCCUCCGCUCAGAUGGCGGGAAUGCAAGUCGAGGCCAUCAAUGUGUGUAAAGAUGGAACAAUCGACAUGCGUCACCUAAUAGCCAAGGCUGAAAAGCACAAAGAAAAUCUGGCGUGUUUGAUGAUCACUUAUCCAUCUACUUUUGGAGUUUUUGAGGAGACAGUCGCAGACGUUUGCAAAAUCAUACAUGAUCAAGGCGGUCAGGUUUAUCUGGAUGGUGCGAACAUGAACGCGCAAGUGGGAGUCUGUCGGCCUGGAGACUAUGGGUCAGACGUGUCCCAUUUGAACUUGCAUAAAACCUUCUGCAUUCCUCAUGGCGGUGGCGGACCUGGCAUGGGCCCUAUCGGAGUGAAGGAGCAUUUAGCGCCGUUCCUUCCAAGCCACCCAGUCGUCGAUCCGCUCGCCUCGCUCGGCACCAGUUCAAAGUCCUUUGGCGUGGUCAGUGCCGCGCCGUUUGGGUCGUCUGCGAUUCUUCCCAUUUCCUGGGCUUACAUUAAGAUGAUGGGCGCAAAGGGACUGAGGAAAGCAACCCAAGUGGCAAUUCUGAACGCUAAUUACAUGAGCAAACGGCUCUCCAAGCACUACCACACGCUGUUCAAAGGCAAAAAUAGUUUGGUGGCACACGAAUUCAUAAUCGAUGUCAGACCCUUCAAGAAAACCGCAAACAUCGAGCCAGUUGAUUUAGCCAAGAGGCUAAUGGACUACGGCUUCCAUGCGCCAACCAUGUCGUGGCCAGUUGCUGGGACCCUCAUGAUUGAGCCCACUGAGUCUGAGGAUAAGCAGGAGCUGGACAGAUUCUGCGAAGCGUUGAUAUGCAUUAGAAAGGAAAUCCAAGACAUUGAAGAAGGUCGCAUGGACAUCAGGACGAACCCUCUGAAAAUGGCCCCACACACUCAGGCGCAAGUGAUAACCUCGGAAUGGAACAGGCCCUACUCCAGGGAACUGGCCGCCUUUCCUGCUCCAUUCGUCAGGCCAGAAAGCAAAAUUUGGCCAACUGUCGGCCGCAUCGAUGACAUUUACGGGGAUAAACACCUCGUCUGCACCUGUCCCCCAAUUCUGCCAGCUUACUCGUUUUGAUUGUGAUUUAAGAAUAAAGUAGUUUCUUAA